GAACAGUUGAAAGAAUGAAAGAAAGAAGCGCAAGAAUGAAAGAAAAGGUUGAAGGAGAAGGAAGCAAGAAGGUUGCUGAAGCAAAAAGCACUUACAAUCUUCAACCCUUACCAAUUAGCAACGAAGAUAUACUAUUCUGCAUUGACAUCGAUCCUGAAUCUGUCCGUCGCUUCGACGCCAUUAAACAAUCCAUCCUUCUCUUCGUCCAUGCCAAACUCACCAUCAAUCCUCGACACCGUUUUGCUUUUGCUACUCUCUCCGGUUCCGUUUCAUCGCUGAAGAAAGAGUUUAGCAGCGACAUUAAGUCAGCAAUUGCAGCAACACAAGGGCUUACGGCUGCUACAUCUAGCACUCAGCCAGACCUUACAACUUUGUUCCAACUUGCUGCUCGUGAAGCUAGAAAAUCCCGUGAGCAGGGUCGCAUUUUAAGAGUGAUUUUAUUCUACUGCAGAUCGGCAGUGCGGCCGCAACAUGAGUGGCUUGUGAGCCAGAAGCUCUUCACUAUGGAUAUCUUGUACCUUCAUGACAAACCUGGACCUGACAAUUGCUUUCAAGAGGUCUAUGAUGCAUUGGUAGAAAUUCUUGAACAUGUUUCAAACUACCAGGGUUAUAUCUAUGCGAUUAGAUCAGCAAAGGAUCUUUACGUUCACGUGUUAAUUCUUUUGUCGCAUCCUCAGCAGCGCUGUGCCCAAAAGUACCUUCACAUACCCAAAGCACUUGAAAAGAAGGGUCGUUGAAAAUGCUCCAAUAUCAACCCAUUGAGAAUGACAUGGUCCUUUUAGUUCUUCAAUAUCAUAUAGGUUACUGCUUUAUCAUGGUAAUAUUCUGAAAAUGUGUAUAUGUUUCAGGUGUCUUGUUAUUACAUAUACCACAUUGCCAAUUGUAGAA